AAAAAAAAAAAAGGUGACAAUGUUCACUGAUGCUCAAGGAGGCAACACAAUGCAUUAAGAGCCAGGGACGUAAACUUUUUGAAUUGGAUGAUUGGGGUAAAUUGUACUUAUUUUGUCUUCUGGGAAACAUGUAAAUAUCUUGUAUACAUGUAGCUUCUGAAGGGUAGAAAAAAGCUAAAUCACAUCAACAUCCUGUUCAAAAGUUUACUGUACAUCCCCGGCUCUUAAUUCAUCGUGUCUCCUUCUUAUUUCACCUUUUUAAAUAAUUGUUUAUGAGCCCCUCAAUUGUCCUCAGCGUGAAAAAAUGGAUCUAAAAUUAUACAUUCACUGUUCGAAAGGGUUCAAUUAUGCAGAUUCAGAAAAUGCUGGAAAACCAAAGAAUGAGACCUGGAGGAUUCUGAAGAACAUGGGCAAUUUAACUGCUCAAGUAUUAACUGCUCACCAACAACACAGUAUUAAGAUUCUAGGGUAUGUAAACUUUUGAAAUGUGUAUUUGUGUAAAUUCAGUUAAUGUUUUGUCUUGUGGCUUUUUAUAAUCCGUAUUUUGUUCAAAUGAUUAACAUCUUGCAUAUUCUUCAAGGGGUAUAGCCAAACAGCAGACCUGUACAUCUAUAGAGACUGAUUAAGACUUUAGUGUUAGAAGGACACAGAACGUCGAACAACUCACCGAGUUCAUCCAUGGUGGUCUGAGGCUUGAGAUGAGAGUGUGUGUGGCACCUGUCAGGGUGAUGUCGUCCUCUAGCGACACUCCUCGGAGUCAGUGGCGCAGGGAGUUGGAUGCCCGCAGGAGUAAGUCUCGCGUGCGGCUGGGUUCGUGUCUGCAGAGCUGGGGUCAUCUCAAAGAGAAACUGGGCUUUUCUCUUCACUCAGAGCUCGCUCAGCAUCUGCUGCAGAGCUAUGUAUCAAGAGUUUGCAUCAAGUGCUCAGGUGAUUGGAAAGGAGAGAUCACAAGCACCUUAUCAACUACCAAGGAAUCUUUGCAGGAACUUAUCCUGCUGGUCCACAACCAUGGGCGGAUGUGCCUUUCCCCCCCUGUCCUGCAUUCUCGGCCUGUCACAAAAGCAACAAUUCAAGAUCAGAGUGCUCAUGCAACAGGGAGAAGAGAAGCUGAAACCAAUUCCAAGGACUGUGAGGUGGACGUGUGUCUCAAGUACACCUGUGAAGGUGGACAUGACUUUUUGUGGUCUCCUAUUAAGAUGGAUAAGGCAAUGACAUCUACAAACGAAGGUGAAAUAACUGCAGCCAGCCCAAAGAGACUCAAACAACGAGGCAGGAGGUGGAUGAAGGAUCCAGAAGCAGAGAUAGAAAGACAAGAGGUGAUGAUGGCUAGAUUAAAAACCAGACGGCAACUACGAGAAAACGCUAAAGUUACCACAAAUGACGCCGAACAGAAAAACAACACAAGGUCUCAAACGUUCGGAGACAACAAGAAUGCAGGUGUUACAGUGACUGAGACUUCUGAGACACAGAAAGGAAAUAAUGUGGCAGCUGACUUUUCGCAUUCAGAACAUAGGUCUUCAGCAGACAGUGAUGAGAUGACUGAAGAUGAACCUGCCAGGGUUUGCACUGAAAACCAAAGCCCCGCUGAUAGUGAGGAAGUUGCAGUGCUGAAUUUAACCAACAGAGGGAUCCAGAGUAGAGCAGAUCCUACUGAGAAACACAACACCAACAAAAAGGCAGGAACACUUCACAAUAACAGUCCACAGUCUUUGAAAGAUGAUGUGUCCCAGAUUGGUGGCAAGAGAAAACGAAAAUCAACAUCCAAAGUGAUUUUGCCUUGUGAGUUUCAAGGCUGCGAUAAGAUUUUCUCUAGUCGGCAAUAUCUCAAUCAUCAUGUCAAGUACCAGCAUCUCCAGCAGAAGACCUUCACCUGCUCGCAUCCCCCCUGCAGCAAGUCAUUCAACUUCAAGAAGCAUCUGAAGGAACAUGAAAAGUUGCACAGUAAUCAGAGAGACUAUAUCUGUGAGUUCUGUGCCCGGGCGUUCCGAACCAGCAGUAACCUGAUCAUCCACCGCAGGAUACACACCGGAGAGAAACCACUGCAGUGUGAGGUGUGUGGCUUUACCUGUCGACAGAAAGCCUCUCUGAAUUGGCAUAUGCGGAAGCACAAUGCUGAGAGCACCUACCAGUUCCCCUGUGAGAUCUGCGGUCGUCGCUUUGAAAAGAGAGACAAUGUCACAGCUCACCGAAGCAAGAGCCACCCAGACAACAAACACCCACUCCUGAGCUUCUCCUUCCUCCUUCUGACCCAGUCCCGCAUCCUUUUGCGCAGCGCAGAUCUUCCCCUUCUGUUUCCAGGAAUCACAUUUCUGUAGAAUAACAUUUGUGAUGCCGUGUUUUGAUGAAAUAUGGUACCAUUUGUGCAUCCUUGAACUUGAGCAAACUUUACUGUGGGACUGAUUGGCUUCUAUAAACAAACUGAGAAAUUGC